UAUUGGUAAUGGUAAUCUCAUCUCGAAAGUAAUCAGCUGUUGGUGAAGUAGAAGCAUUUGAUUUUACUAUUGUAAGAGAAAAAUGCAAGAUUUGAGGAACGCCGACACGCUGCGCCUGCCAAAUGGCGACGGAGCAGCAGCCAACGACGAGGUGAAGUCGCCGUUUCUGAUCGGCGUGGCCGGCGGAACGGCCAGCGGCAAGUCCACCGUGUGCAAAAAGAUCAUGGAGCAACUUGGGCAGGCGGAAAUGGAUCACACGCAGCGCCAGGUGGUGUCCAUCAGCCAGGACAGCUUCUACCGCGAACUGACGCCCGCCGAGAAGGCCAAGGCCCAGAAGGGCCUCUUCAACUUCGAUCAUCCGGAUGCCUUUAAUGAGGAGCUUAUGUACAGCACGCUUCAGAACAUCCUAAAGGGCCAUAAAGUGGAGAUACCCAGCUACGACUACCGCACCAACUCGCUCGACUUUGAAAACGUUCUGGUUAUCUACCCAGCCGAUGUGGUCUUGUUCGAGGGCAUCUUGGUAUUUUAUUUCCCCAAGAUACGCGAACUGUUCCACAUGAAGCUGUUCGUGGACACAGACUCCGAUACCAGAUUGGCCAGGAGAGUGCCACGUGAUAUCAAUGAGCGUGGUCGGGACCUGGAUGCUGUGCUCACCCAGUAUAUGACCUUCGUAAAGCCGGCUUUCGAGGAGUUCUGCUCGCCCACGAAAAAGUUUGCUGACGUUAUUAUACCACGAGGCGCCGACAACACAGUUGCCAUUGAUCUUAUUGUACACCAUAUCGGGGAGAUUCUCGCCACUACCAACAGCGCACAGCACAGCAACACAGUCAGGGUAGCGGCGUCUAGCAUGAAGCGAGAUCACUAAACGCAAAUGUAAACAACUCGCUUCUGAGGCGGUCAAUUCCUCGUCCUAGCGCCGCGUCUUGAGCUUGUACUAAUUGCCAAAAAAAAAAAAAAACUAAAGUCCAAACGCUAAAGAAUGAUAUAGAAACCCGUGGCGCCGCAGCACACUAAGGCAAAUGUUCAUUAACGAGCGCCGGCAUCGCUUCUCAUUUGGUCUUCUCAUCGUAACCGAUUAACGUAGUCCUAAGAUUGAAAAGUAUCUUUAGUAUCUACUCUUGCAUAUGUUCAACAAUACAUGGUAGUGUGUAUUUAAGCUCGUUUCCGUUCAUCAAGAUAACCCAACCUGCGAUUGCGAUUCCAGUCUAACUCUUAAGUUAUAGCGAAAAACGUUAAAACUUAACCCCGGUGCCCCAAUUGGCUUUCUCCCGAGGAUUUAAGCACUCUAUCCACCAAACCACACAUGUUACAUAUCUAACUAUUGUAUCUAUGUUUAAUGAUGCCCGAUACUUUGAAAACUACUCUUAUCUAUCUCUGGUUUGCGAAUGUUAUUGUAAGCAAUUGCUUUAUUAUGUUUUAUAAGCAACAUUUUCUUGAAUAUUUUGUAUAAACUCCUGACUAGAAUAUGUUAAUUACUUUGAAAUUAAGUAGCUUUGCAAACUUUAAGGAUAAUUUUUCCGUACUAACCAUAUUGGAGUAAUAUUUAUCUCAUUCCUGAAAAUUCACAAUUUUUGGUCAUAUACUUUUUAGAUGUUCCUAUACAUUUUUCUUAGACAAUACCUAUAUCCUUAUAAAAUAUAAGGGCUAAUAUAAAUUAAUCAUCAUUAGUACCGGGCAUCUUUGAAGUCGGAACCUGCGACUAUAGUGUUAUUAAAUCGCGUCCCUUUUAAACACCUUUAUGCAGUCUCAAAUAUAUACUAAUGCAAGACAGUGAUUAGCCUAUCAAGGCGUGAAGAUAAA